CCAUCCGAUCGGAGGGCCGUCCUGUCCUACUUCCAGACCACGGUCUCAGCCUGUGUAUCGUGUCUCUUGUUCUCCCCAUAAGCAUGUCUGUACCCCCUCAGUAAUACCCUCAAGGCUGCUACUCCAAUAUCGCGCGCUUUCCAGCAUCAACAACCGAACCGAACCUCUUAUCAGAUUGUCACCUGAGAUAUCAAAUACACCGACGAGUGUCCGGCUACAGAUACGACCAUGGAACGCUCAAGUCCCGCUCCCCAGUAUUCCCAUCUCGGAGACCAGAUCAACGCGGCCACAAGAUCGGUGCAUACCCAGCUUAACAGUCAGAUCAUCCGCCGUCUACCUCUGGCUCUACCUCCGGCUGCGAACACCCCCUCAACCUACGUAUCCGGUCUGCUCCACGUGGCUCCGGUGUACAUCACCUUCGAGACGUUAUGGUACAUGAUUCUUCUUUCCCAUAAGGAGCAGACGAAAGACUUCAGGAAUCCGUCCCCAUAUCAAAACAGACCGCCUUCUCCGCAACCACCGCAGGAAAAAGACCGAUUCCUCCUUGACCCGAAGACCUCACACCGUGUCCCAUUCCACGAUGGCGGCGAUGCGGGCCUAUCUCAACGCCCCGGCACCUCUGAACGCAUAUUUUCGAUCCUCGAAAGCCUCCGUCUUCCAGGGCUCAUGCGAGCCGACUGCCUACGGGCCGACAUACGCUGCCUGACAGGCUGGUCCAAGGACGUGGUGGAUGAGCAGAUUGAGGUCGCGGCUCAAAACGGGAACCUCAAGAAGUUCAUCACCCAUAUCAAACAAUCUGUGGGCGAGAGUCCACAUGUUUUACUCGCCUACGCAUGGGUCCUUUACAUGGCUCUCUUCUCCGGGGGCCGCAUCCUCAGAAGCUCGUUGGAAAAGGCGGGUCCGGAGUUCUGGAAGACAAAGUGUGAUCCCAUCAUGCCUCUCAACAAAGCAUGCGCAUAUCCGGACAAGUCCCAUGCGACAGCACCGAUGAGUGAGCGCCUCCGGUUCUUCCACUUCAGCACCAACCAAGACGGAGAAGAUCUGAAGCGCGAGUUUAAGAGACGCCUGGUGGAGGCGGAAGAUUUACUCACGACUUCGGAGCGGGCGAGGAUUGUGCACGAAGCUGUUCAUGUUUUUGAGAACAUGCUCGCACUUGUCUCGCAGCUGGAUCAUGUCUUCUUGGAGGGCACCAGAGAUGACAGCGUUCUGGACAUCAACGUGACGAGAACUGAUGCUGAUGCUGAUUCACCUUCACCCUCACCGGGACCUUCGUCCUUCAAGCCAUUGGAACAAGGUGGUCGGAUACGCGACAGCAUCAUGCUCUCGAAGGAACGGGGUGUCCGAACGGCCCCCGGCAUGAGAAACCAUCGUCGUUCUCGGUCUGUCUCUAUCGAUGAGCCACUUGACGAACGCGGCGACAGAUCAGACGUGCCGUCUCCAUACCUGGUAGCUUCUUUGCUCCGGCCCAUGGAGCAAGGCGGUCGACUGCGCGACAGCAUCGCUGUAUCAAGAGAACGCGGUCUCCGGACUGCUCACCUCAGUUCCCACAGCCAUUCUGAAUCCACCUCCAUUGACGAGAAUCCAGAAAGUCCUAUUUUGCCAGAGAAACCCGAGAGCAAGCUGGCCACCACCCGUCGUACAUCGGAACCGUCGUCCCCCUCGGGCCCCGGAAGCCUGGUCGACCCGUUCACCAGCAGCAUGAAUGCGCAAGGCACAGUAGCCGGUGCGCAGCCGUCGUCGUCAUCAGAAAUGUCUUCCCUUCUCAUCCGAAGCAAGACCGUCAGGUUCAAAAAGCCUUCCACGGGCGGCAGCAGCAAGAAAGCCGAGCCAAAGGACUCUGAGAGUCAGGACCAGGAGGAGGAGGCAGAACGUCGACGAAAAUCAUCUACCGAAAAGGUGUCUCCAACAUCGGACCACAACCCAGCUGCUGGUGGGGAUGCACCUUCUCUUCCUACUGUACCUAUCCACAUCAUUGACGUCGACGGAUCUGAUGCUGAUGAUUCUUCUGAUUCUGACAAGCAGAAGAAGCAAUCGCAAGAGCAGCAGCAAAGGACGGAGACAGUAGCGGCGGGCCCUGGGGAACCUGGGACUAUAUAUGUCACAAUUACGGACACUGCGAUGAUGGAAAGGGUGGAAACCAACAGCAGCAGAAGCAGUAAUGGUCGACAGCAACCCUUUACCGCUGCUGCUGCUAGUAGUGAAGAAGAGUCCACCAGAUCUAGAUCUGGAACCGGCGGAUCGAUGACGGAAGACGUUAGUAGUGGUGACAGGCCGUCCUUGAAAAGAUCCUCCUCAUCCUCAUCUUCACGACAUAAAAUCAAGUCCUGGUUCUCUUCUCAUAUCACCAAGGUAGAGAAGAAAACCGAAGGUACUGAUGCUGGUGGUGGUGGAGGUGCCAGCAGCGAAGUGGUAGUCACUGAAUCCAUCACCGAAGCUGCCUCCGCCUCUACCUCUACUUCCCCAUCCGGAUCAAGCUCAUCAGCCCUAAGUCUAAAAGCCAAAAUGAAGAACAAGCUCGCCCAUGGUCAAGACAAACUCAAGGUCAAAAUGGAUCACGCUGAAGAGAAGCUGAAGCGCGGCAAAGAAAAGUUGAAGGAGAAGAGCAAGGAAUUGUCGCUGCUGGCUAUCGGGCCGGUGAGGUUCAUGUGGAAGUUUGUCUUUGUGCUGGGUGUCAUUGGCGCGGUCUGGGGCGUGGGAAGUAUGAGGAGUAUGCUGGGGUGGACGUUCUUGCCAGUGACGAUGGUGGUGAGGGCUGCUGGGUGGGUUGGGGGUGGGUUUAAAGGUGCUUUUGCUGGUACUGGUGCUGGUGCUGGUGGGAAUGUUUGAAUGAUACUGGAUUUGUGAGGUCGUCGUACGAGCGGCGGACAGAGUUGGAGUUUUAAAAGUUGAAGAAAUGAUGAGAAGAGCUGAAGAAAAGUUGAAGGCGUGUUUGGUUUACCUGGGGCUGCUGAGGUCUAGUUUGCUUGUUGGAUGAAUGACGCUACGAUACCUGUUUCAUUACUGCUUAGUUGAAUAGAAU